UGGUAUCACAUGAACGAGAAAGGACCAAUCCAAGUGGCUCUAUCGAAGUUCUUUUGCGAAGAUAGAGGAAGACCGAAAAGGGAACCUUGCCAAUGAACAUUUAAAGACAAAAAAACCGUCGCCUUUUGGAUUUGGGUCUUUUGUAUCAGAGCUACGUGAUUAGUAUGCGUUAAAUCUAUGGAUUAUGUUAGCUGAACUGGGGCUGGCAAUGGCCCAAACAUAUUGAAUAGAUCGUUGGGGGAGCAAAACGCGACGUUGUAGUGGGCAUUGUACGGAUAAAGGAUUAUUUGCCUACCCAAUAACUGCUCCGUCGUGAAAUACCCCCACCAAAGAUUCGUUCAUGGCUUUUCUGUCAGUGUCUCCGCCGUGUCUGUUUUCCGCCCGCAACACCAUUUUAACUAUUGAGGUCGCAUCGCUGUAGUUUUGCUCCCAAGCCCUACAAUCUACACACCGCCGGCUUUCCUUUUUAUAUAUAUAUUUUUUUAACUACUAAAAGUAAUACAUUAGUUACCUCCUAGGAUAAUUUUUGCGACCAAAUAAAUAUGGAUUUUAACAGCAGCGGUGGGGGGAACGAGCUACAUAAUAACCAAUUCUAUCAAUCUGAGGAGAGCAAGCCUUUGCUUGGAGAGAUGUCUGCGCCGUUGGAGGGGAAUAAUAAUAAAUUAUGCGCCGGGCCGUGCAAGAGAACCCUGCAACAUUGCAGCAGCGGGAUGCGAUAUAAACUACUACAGGAGGGUGACAUCCAGGUGUGUGUGGUCAAACACCCUCGGACCUUCCUCAGCAAAAUUCUAACCUCAAAAUUCUUACGGAGAUGGGAACCGCACCACCUCACCUUGACAGACAGCAGCCUGGCGUCUGCGACGCCCACGGGGUACAUGGAGGCUGCCCUGUCCUACAGUACCAUAGAGGACCUGCAGCUGCUCUCCUGGGAUAACGCCCCCAAAUACUGUGUGCAGCUCAGCUUCCCCGGGGGCACAGUCCUCCUGCAGGCAGCCAACAGCUAUCUGCGGGACCAGUGGUUUAAUUCUCUACAGUGGAAGAAAAAGAUCUAUAAGUACCGUAAGGUUCUGAACAACCCAAGUCGCUGGGAGGUGGUUCUGAAGGAGAUCAGAUUGUUGGUGGACAUGGCCCUGACCUCUCCCCUGCAGGAUGAGUCCAUCCACCAGGCCCCCCUGCAAAUCAUCUCCACCCUGCUGGCUGAGAACACCAACCUCAGCACUCAGGACCAUGAGAACAUCAUUGUGGCCAUCGCUCCUCUCCUGGAAAAUAACCACCCUCCACCGGACCUGUGUGAGUUCUUCUGCAAGCACUGUCGGGAGCGUCCGCGGUCCAUGGUUGUGAUUGAAGUGUUCACCCCUGUGGUCCAGAGAAUCCUCAAACACAACAUGGACUUCGGGAAGUGCCCCAGACUGCGUCUCUUCACUCAGGAGUACAUCUUGGCUCUAAAUGAGCUCAACGCUGGGAUGGAGGUCGUCAAGAAAUUCAUUCACAGCAUGCAUGGCCCCACCGGGCAGUGCCCUCACCCCCGUGUCCUGCCCAACCUGGUGGCAGUGUGCUUGGCUGCCAUCUACUCCUGCUACGAGGACUUCAUCAACAGCCGGGACAACUCCCCCAGUCUGAAGGAGAUAAGGAACGGCUGCCAGCAACAGAAUGAGCGUAAACCCCCUCUGCCACUCCGCCUGCUCCGCCCAGAGCCCCUGACACCCGUACCCACAGGUCUGCUGUCCCUCUCCCCUCCCCCUUCAGCCAUCGUCAACUCCAGUGAGAUCCUGGUAGAGUUGGAACGCAACAACAACACUGCCAACGCCAGGCGUAAGGGCCCAGGGGGAGGCGACAGUGAGCCCAACCUGAUCGACUGUCUGCUGGUCAGCCCCGCCCUCAACGCCCUGUCAAUCCAGCUGCCUGCCCAGGCCGACCGCGUGCUUGGCUGCUUCGCACUCAUCCUCAAAAUGCUGUCUGACUACGAUGACUGGAGACCCGCCCUGGCUAGCCUGCUGCAGCCCAUCCCAUUCCCCAAAGAGGCCCUUGCACAUGCCAAAUUUACGAAAGAGCUGAAACAUGUUAUUCAGAGGUUUGCAGAGGACCCCAGACAGGAGGUCCACUCCUGUCUGCUCAGUGUGCGCUCAGGAAAGGACGGUUGGUUCCAGCUCUACAGUCCAGGGGGUGUGGCUUGUGAUGAUGAUGGGGAGCUCUUUGCCAGCAUGGUUCACAUUCUUAUGGGCUCCUGCUACAAAACUAAGAAGUUUCUCCUGUCCCUGGCUGAAAACAAGCUGGGGCCCUGCAUGCUCCUGGCUCUGCGUGGGAACCAGACCAUGGUUGAGAUCCUGUGCCUGAUGCUGGAGUACAACAUCAUCGAGAACAAGGACACCCAGCUGCAGAUCAUCUCCACCCUGGAGAGCACUCCGGUGGGCCUUCACAUGUACGAGCAGCUGUGUGACAGGCAGAGGGAGCUCAAAGAGCUGCAAAGAAAAGGAGGCCCCACCCGACUCACUCUGCCCUCCAAGUCUACAGAUGCAGACCUUGCCAGGCUGCUGAGCUCUGGCUCCUUUGGGAACCUGGAGAACCUGAGUCUUGCCUUCACCAACGUCACCAGUGCCUGUGCUGAACAGCUCAUCAAAUUGCCCUCUCUCAAACAGCUCAACCUUUGGUCCACCCAGUUUGGAGAUACAGGAUUGCGGUUGCUGUCUGAACACUUGGCAUGUCUGCAGGUGUUGAAUCUGUGUGAGACACCAGUGACCGACGCCGGCCUGCUGUCCCUCAGCUCCAUGAAGAGCCUGUGCAGUUUGAACAUGAACAGCACAAAGCUCACAGCAGACACAUACGAGGACUUAAAGGCCAAACUCCCCAAUCUGACGGAGGUGGAUGUCCGCUACACCGAGGCCUGGUGAACACAUCCUGUGUGACAUCACUAGAACACCAACUCCCACACCAUCCAAACAUGAGGAUUACCUGAUAUCAACAGAACACUUAGUCUCUCUUACAUCAACAACAAGAGGAUCCUCUCCCAUCUGUAGACGAGGACCUUUUUUUUAAAAUCUGGAGACGACAUCAGAACGCCUGGACCUCUCUAGUAACAUCAUGUCAAGCGAGAAUUACUAUCUUUCUAGUGACAUCAUCAAAAUACAAGGAGCUCCUUUUUAGCGACAUCAUCAAAAAAGCAAGGACCCACUUGUGACACAAGGGACCUUAUCUUUCUCUCUCAUGCGUGGUUUCUCACUCAGUUCCUGUCCACAUCCUAUUUGCCCUCAAUAGACUCCUCAUAGAUUUAUUCAGUGUUGUGUCAAAUGUACACAGAACACCAUGUAAACAAAUGAAUCUUUCUCCACUCCCUCUCUCCCACUCUCUCUGAGGACCUUUGUUUAAAUGCACUCUUCCCUCCAUUUACUGGGAGCUCUUCUAUCCUUGUCUGAUCAAGGUUAGAUAACCAGGUCACAUUCCAGUACACUUUUGAUAUUGCCUCUAGUUCAAUCCAAAUGUAGCUCUAAAGAUGUGUCCAAUUGUCAUUUCGGUCUUGUUUUUUUUGUUUGGGUUCUUUCAGGUUCAGAUUCUGGCCUUUCCAGUCCUUUAUUGGGGAUGAGGUGCUACCUCAAACAAAAUAAAAAUUGCAAGACUGUGCCUAAUUCCUCAUAUGACACUCAAUCAAUUUUUAUCAACUUGAAUGAACAUAUUUUUCCAGACAUCUCUGCAUUCAUAUAUUGUGUGUGACAUUUAAGCAGACAUUUCAGGAGCUCUGCUCUGUGGUUGCAACACUAUUAAAAGGAAGAAAUGUUUCCUUUUAAUUUGUGUUUUCAAUGUACAUAACUCCCAUAUUUAAUAGAAUGAUUGUGUAGUAGGUGGUCUGGGACUGCCUUGUAUUUAUCAUUUCUCAACUUCAUAUCCCUCUUUCUGCCUCCCAUUAUUUUCUCAUAUGUUAAGACACUUUCCAGGCAUACCGCACUUGACUUUUGUCACACAAUCAAUCAAGAUGUUGCCUAACAUUCUUAUCCAUGCUGAGGCCUAAACUGAAGCCCUAUGUGCACCUUGCAUCAACCUCUCAAUGUUGACUUUUUGGCAUGAUGGUACAAGUUUUUCUAAAGAUAAAUAUGGGAUACAUUUUGAUAUUGGCUGUAGAUAUACAGGCCAUGGUCAUCCUUAGGAGUAUUUUGUGAUAAAUGUCAGGAGUGAACAGACUCUGUAGAGGCAACAGCAUGGUGUAUAGAUGACCCUGUUUAAAAAAAAACAGCACAUAACCUGCCCAGAGUCUAGAAUAAGACCUUUGUGGUUGGUCGGUCAGUACCAGAGUGGAAAGCCAAACAAGUUCAUUUCUGUUUCAAUCCAUUUUUUUUUGAUGCCAUACUGCACUUCAAAACACAAAUAUAUUGUAUCAUACAUCAGUACUAUCUGAUACAGUGGC